CUUAGGCGCAGCACGCGUGGCUAGUCGUAUGGUUACACAAAACAACAAUUUCUCGGACAUGUGAUCCCUGUUGGCCAAGAAGGAGCUAUAAAGUGAAGUGAUGAAGUAGAGGGAGUCAAUGCACGCACUCUAACUAUACGCACACAGUGUUUUUAAAGCUCUACCCAUAGCAAUUAGGUUACAUUGAGCGAAAUCGAAAACGUUAAAAAACCGGAUGGGUGCUAUAAAAAAUAUCCUAUUGCAAAAAGUGAUACGAAUUGAAGUGGUGUACGUGCAUAAAUAAAAAUAAUAAAUAGUGUAAAAUACGAAAAAUAACAAAUCAAUAUAAAAGCAAGUGAGUGAACUCGGCGCAGUGAGUGUGGGGACGAUUUCGAAAUCAAUUUUCAAUGAAUUUCGCUUUGCAGCAAUAACAAUGUUGCCAACCAGUGCACUCACUGGAAAUUGAUGAUGAAAGCACAAACAAUCGCAAUAAAGGAAUAACAAAAACAAAAAACGACAACAGAAUAACGGGCAUCAAAAACAAAUAAGACGAGUAGAAAAAUCGGCGACCAACAACCAAUGGGCUCCAUGGCCUUCAGUAAACUAGUCACCUUCCUGCAGACAGCUUACAAGAUUUGGCUAUUCAGCGAAAUUGUAGAAGAUUGAAACAACAACUGUUACAGCAAGCGAAAAGAGGAGCGCCUCCAAUACCUUAGGCAGCGCAUUUGAGUGAAGUGAAAUAUGAGUUGAAAUUCAAAUGAAAAAGCAGAAAAACUAAAAACGUGGACUUAAAAAGACCGCAUAAAAAUAACCAAAUGAACGAGUUCAAUUAAAAAAUAAUGCAGAAGUGAGUGUAGCAAAAAUUAAGAUUUAUCAGCCAGCCAGUGCGAUCGGUAUACGCCACGACGUAGCGCUCAAGUAGGAAAUUCAUAAAAUAAUACAACAAAUGAGGUCGACCACAAAUACCCCAAAAGUGCGUGAAUAACAAAAGAAAUAUUACUAAAAACAAAAAAAUAAUAAAAAACGUCCAUUAAUAAAUAAACGUUGUCUGUGAGUGUGCAUGCAAACAGCAGCAACAACUAUUCAAUACUGUAAACAUUAUUGCAAAAAAGUGAAAUACUAAGUGCAUGAAAAGAUCGGCGGAAUCAGAAAUGAACAGCGUUGACGGCGCACCCAAUGCCACGAUUUUAGCUGAGGGAGCCCCAACGAUCGCGACAGUAACGAGCAGAGAAACCACAAAUAAUGCAACUACCACUAUUGUGAGUGCUAAAACAACAGAAUUAACAACAACAACCACAAACGUAAUAAAAACAACGGACGCUGAUGCCACCGACGAAUUCCACGAAAGCGACAAAAAUGUACAAGUUGUCGUCGUCGUCGUUGGUGAAGAGCAGCUACGGCAACAGCAACAGCGUAAUGAAGCGCCAAUAAUAAUAACAACAAAAUCUGAAACAGAAGCAAUAACAAUUGAAACAGCAGCAACAACAAGCACAAUGGGCAAUACCAAAAACAAAACAAAUAUUGAAACAGCAGAUAGCACAGCCGCCGUAGCGGGAACAACAGCUACAGCAACAGCAACAGCAGCACCAGCGCGAACAUCAACAAGCGAGAUAAUAACAAAUAUAAAAGAUACAGAGGCCAGCGACGUACAAAUGACAGAUAUGGCAACCCCAGAGGGUAAUGGCGACGGCAAAAGCAACGGCAGUGGUGACACCACAGUCCAAGAGGCCGCCGCCACUAGUGCCACUACUGCCACCGCCACCGCCACGGCCGCCGUCGUCAUUGAUAACACCACCGACACUAAGCCACAGCCACAGCCAUUAUUGACAGCGGAAGGCGAUAAUUGGGAAUUCAAUGAGAUGGAAUUGUGUCGCUGUUGUGGCAAGCCCAAUGUCACGCUCUAUGAUCUCUUCCCCAACACCAUUGCAGACGACAACUCGAUUGUUGCGAAGGGGAAUGCAAUUGAAACCCCGGAUGCGGAAAAUACUGAAGCGCAAGUGAUGGCGCAGGAAUCAGUGCGGCGGCUCGCUGCUGAGAAUAAUGAUGUGAAUCAAGAGAUAGCGUGCAAUGUUGUUGACGAUGCGAAAAAUGGAGCACAAAUAAAGCACAAAACGGCUACUGACGCACCAACGGUUUCACCACUGAUCGUUACGUCGGCCGCCACCAGCAAAGACACAACAAAAAGUGGUAUCUCAACGAAGAUCGAUGCGAAUGCCUCGAAUACACCGAAGCGUUGUUAUCGCACCAUAGCUGCAUCUAUUGCGGCUGCUGCGGCAUCUACAGUCACAACCAGCAUAACUGACGCGAUCAGUGACGCUCCCACCUGCCAAAAAAUCAGUGACCCAGUUGUUGCUGCCCCCGACGGCGGUGGUGUCGAUAUUGUGGAGGGUGAACGUCUGGCAGCCGGUACAAGUGUUGUUGCGCGUGUGAAAAAAUCUGCAACCGACGUGGUUGCUGCUACGAAGGAAAAUAGCGCUGCUGCUGCUGCUCCCAAAAACACGGAGGCGAACAACGCCAAUGGCCAGGGACAAAGCAGCGACAACAUGGAGAAUAUUUUGCAAGAGAUGCAAAUUUGGCAGCUACGGGUGAGUCUUUGCAAAUAUUUUCUAUAUUUUUUCUACUUUUUUUCAAUCGACUGUUCAUGUUUUAUAAAUUAGCUGCCUUUCCCAAAACUAUUAUUUUAUUUGCUUUUUUGUGAUACAAAAGAAUGGGGGGAAAACCAAAAAAGGUGGCAUACAUACGUACAUCUGUAUCUGGUUACAGCGAACGUUCGACGGUGCUUCAUGCACCAUUAAGAUUUGUUUUUCUCUGCUGAAUUCGGUUGAGUCUGUAUUUUGAUUGCAUCUUUAUUAUUUAUUUGCUCAGUGUCUGCUGAUUUGUGUUGUAAUUCGUAGUAAAAUAUUUCUUAUAUUAUUUGUCGACUCUUCUGGUGGUGUAUCAGCAUCACUGAAUUCUGCUUCGACUGACGAGACCUUCCAGUGUUGCCAUAGAGGUGAUCCAAAGAUGCGCAGGUCUUCGAAAUGGAGAGUUUUUCGAUGGGGCUGAAUAGAUAGAAUAAAGAAUAGAUAGGAGAUUAAAUUUCGAGAUGCACACUUUGGAUUGAUUGUCCAUUGUAAUCACUGCUCAGCCCAACUCUCUAAAAUGCUCGACAUUUUUUUUAUAUGGAACAACACACCCAACACCGUCAAUCGAAAUAAAUUGUCAAAUUGUCGAUUUUUCAGCCGCUUAAAAAUUCCACUAUACAAAAUUCAAUAGACAGUGCAACUGCAAGCCCAAAGUUUUUUUAAAAAUUCUGAUUGAAAAGUGUAAAAUUUUGAUGAAAAUUUGUUGAAUUUCUUUGUAGUAUUGCUAGAAAUUGUGACUUAGAGUCGUGGGUUGACUCGGAGCUCUCCACUCAUUCGCCUGAAGUCUGGAUCGCGUGUCGUACUCAUAAACCCGCGUCCCGUCUCCAGUAAUGAUGCGUUUGAUGGAUGUUAGGUCGGAUUCAGCAUUGGAAAUCCUGUCUUUGGCGAUAUUAACGCGACUCCGUUAUUGCGUGAAAUUCAAGUCUUUUCAAGGCGCAAACUCAAAUCAUUAACUAGAAUGUCGUGCACGGAUCGGUUGGCAAUGUUCAAGUCCUCUGCCAGCUCGCUGAUGGUUAAUUUGCGAUUAUUGACCAACUUUUCUUUCAUUUUAUUGAUGUUUCCACCAGUUUUCGUUGUGAACGGACUGCCUGAACGUUCGUCAUUCUCGAUGGACUCGGAACUUCUUUUGAAGCAUUCAUUAUCAGCACCAGCAACACCUGCGCGUCAUCUCGUCUGAUUACUGGAUAACGCCUACACCUGCCUCCUGCUUAACCCGAUUUGAGCCGUUGUGCGAUUCGCAGUUCCUUUCCCUUAGCCUGCCAAGCGCUCUUCCUUUCGCUGUGAGUGGGUUCCAUUCCAUGAAGAGUUCUUUGUACUCGUAAACUGUUUCUGCUAGAGAUUCAUUACGAAAACAGUUUCCCAAGAUUUUCGCGUGAAACGCUAAAGUUAAUACGAACUCGUUGUUGCAAAUUCAAAUGCAUUUUCUAAACUUUAAAAAUUCGAAAACACGUGCAGAGCUAGAUUUACUCAAGACGGCGUAAUUUUUAUAAAUGCCAACCAAUGACGAUGAAAAAUUGAUAGGAAUGUUAAUCACAGAUGUGGCAACCUAACAAAAAAGAAAAAAACAGAACUCAAAUCAGUUGACUUAGAGCAUCACCUGGCGCUUACUCCGGGAACUUUUUGAUCAGGUGAUACUUGCAAAAUUUUUCCUUGGUUUAAGCCAAUUUGCGUGUAAUCGAUUAAGUCCGCACCCACCCAAGCCCGCUCUUCAUCAACGAAACAUGUGGCAUCAGUGUUGUAUUUUAAUUCCGCACUCAACACCAAACUUGAUGAUAAUCCUGCAAGCGAGAGCAAUCAAUCGAACAGACGGCACUUGACCCCAUCCUCUUGGAUUGCUCCGAAUGUUUGUGGUUUCCGCUUCGUUGCCGCUCAAGGCUUGUGCAUUUUCAUUUCCGUUGCGCCUUUUCAUUUAUUACACUCUUGCAAGCAAUAAUCAUUUGUCUAUUAUUCAAUCAAAGUUAAGCUCCUGAUAAGGACAUUUCCGAUGCGUUUACAAAUGACGAGUACGUAAAUUGCCACAAUUAAUGCGUUCAUAAGUAGGCGAUGCCGCUGAGGUGUUACAAUCAUUUAUCUGCACCGAAUAUACAACGUUGUAAUUUAUUGACUUUGUGCAAUUAGUCUUCGUAAUGAUUGGUGUGCGCGCCACUCCGCCCCUGUUGAGCGGCGUAGAAGUUCAAGCCACACAUAACCUCAAAUCAGCGCACAAAGGGGUCAUCUUCAGCACAACGCCACGCCAUUGCUUUGUGUGCUUAACAAAUGAUGGACAAUCAUGAUUUAACCAUUUUUACGUGCCAUUCGCAGUCACAAGUCACAGUCGCAGCUGUGUGUAGUUGCUUUUAACGGCGCUCAGCUGCCAGAAUUUGUGUCCAGCAAUGCGGCGGCGUGUGUGAUGAGUAAGAGCUUCAAGAGCGCUCGCAUACGUACCACCCACAAGGAUGGAAAACGUUAAAAAUAAAAAGAAAAAAAUCUGACCUGUCAAUUUCUAAUCGCCCAACAUUUUUCUUUAUUUUGAGAAUCCCAUUUGAAUGUAAAUGGUAAAUUUUUCUCACACUACGCCAGCUGAUGGGGUACUGCUGCAUUUGGUUAAGAAUUUUCUUUAUCUUUAAUGAGCCUUAUCCCAUUUUCCACCCCCCUUGAUACUGUUUUUCCAUUAAAAACAGGAUUUGUCCGCUUAUCGAAUACAUUUGAGCACACAACUACAUUAAGUUGUUUGAUUUUUUUCACGUUUGUGACCAACAAACUCACACGCACUCGGAAGAAUUUUUUAUACAUAAAUUCCCAUGGCUUAAUUUCAAUUGCACGUGCGCGUUUUUUGUGUUUAUGAGUGGUGUGAAUGAGUGGUUUAGUGUCAAAAUUUGUUCAAGCGACCAACAGCCGAUUAGUCAUAAGGCGUCUGCCGUGACUCGCGCAAAAAAACUGUGAAUUCAUCACAUUGCAGCCUCUUGCAGUAGAAUUGAUUGCCGAUUUCUCGCGCUAAAAAUACUUUACCAAUGAGCUUCAGAUCACCCGAAAAUCGCAAAUGUUGGUUUAUCUUAUUUUUUGUGUUAUCGUUUUAUCAUCAAAGUCUCGUCUCGGUUUCUUAGGCUUGGGGAAAACAUCAGUCAUGUACAACUCUUUUCCAAAUGGGCAGUCUUACAUUUGAACCUUUCGGUGGGUUGCCUUUUUUCUGAUAUUAGUAAUUUCCUUGUUGUCGUAUCCUAUUUUGGACGCAUCUACUAGAGCCAGCUUCCAAAUAAGUUGGGUUGCACGACGUCGGUAGCAAACUUCUGAGUCGGUUUUUUAUGUGGAAGAAAACUCUCAAAAUCUUAUGCAGAAGAAAAAUUCUAAAAAUUCAACGCGAUUUUUUAGCAAUUUUCACCUUACACUUUAUUAUAUUAAAAUUUAAUGAGCUAUCAAAUUGCAUACCCAGAAUUUUUUCUAGAAGUUCUCAUUGAAAGGUUGGCAAUUUUGAUGGUAAUUUAGAUUUUUUAAAUUUUUAUGAAUUUUGUAACUACCAUUUACAAGGUUUUUGUUAUACUAUGGAUUAUAUUUUUAUAAGGUAGAAAUGGCAGCCGGUCUUUAAACUAACUCACUUAGCCCGAUGCGGAUCCAUUGUGAUACCACGUAACUGUUUACCUGCUCUUCUUCUUCUUCUUUGUUUGGCGCGAUUACCAUCUAAGCGAUUUUGGGCCGAGUUUAACAAAUUGCGCCAGCCGUUUCUUUCUCGUGCUACCCGACGCCAGUUGGACACCCCAAGUGAAGUCAAGUCCUUCUCCACCUGAACUUUCGAACGCAGAGGAGGUCUUUCUCUUCGUCUGCUACCACCAGCUGGUACCGCAUCGAAUACUUUCACAUCCGGAGCGUUUACAUCCAUUCGGUCGACAUCACUCAGCCAACGUAGCCGCUGAAUCUUUAUUCGCUGCGCUAUGUCUAUGUCGUCAUAAUUCUCUUACAGUUCAUUGUUCCAUCGCCUGCGAUACUCGUCGCCGCUAACGUACAAAGCCCCAAAAAUCUUCCGCAGAAUCUUUCUUUCAAACACUCCAAGUGACACCUCGGCGGAUGUUGUCAUCGUCCGCCUGCUACUCCUCGUCAAACCAUUUUGUUCUAAAUGCUAACCCAUUGAUCUGGCUGGCACUUUUAUCUGAAGGUCAUCAGUAGAGCUCAAGAUCGAUGAGCUAAAGUACAAUAUCUAAACCUAGUGACAGACUCUUCCUCAUUCUCAUUCUUGCAGCUUCUCCAAUAGUCGAAAUGAGCUACAUUCAAUAUUUGAGAACGUCGACCUAUGAGACAGUGACCUGUGAUCAAAGCAACUAAAACAAAGAGACGUUUUUCCUUGACUGCUAAGCGCCUUUGAGCGCCUGACGUCCCAUGUUGGCCAAAUUCUUUUUGUGGCAUUACAUGUCACACGAGCAACCGAUUUGGUGUUGGCUGAAGGGUCAAUGCUGCUUAUACCACGCAGCUCGUAAGUUGAGAGGGGUAUACCCCUACAAUCUCCAUACCCAGAGGGAGCCGAGCGGUAGUGCCCUCUCUUGCUAAUCUGCCUGCCUUACUAUCCCCUGUUAUGUCACUAUGCUCUGGCACCCACAUCAAAUGAAGCGGAAAUAUUUCGUCGACUCGUUAAGAAAUUUGGCCGGCAUUCGCGUGCAAUGAUGGCUAUGGCCGCCUGGCUAUCAGAGUAAAUAUAGAUUUAUAAAAAAUUAAAGAAAAAAAUGUACCAUGAAAAAUAUUGCGAAUAUUGUGAAGGGACAAAGUGAGCCAGUUGCGUGAGCUCAAGGGUACACUUAUUAUCUCUUUUAGGAAAGUUCAUACCUGGCGUCUUCCCUUUGCGGUCUCGGUUUUCUUGCCAUGCGACAAAGUGUGAGCGUGCUUUGGUUCCAUAUUUCAUUAGCGCGCCUAAAAGUAAAUGCCCUAAGUGUGGUGAAGUCUGUUCUGUUAAGCUAUUCCCGCGCGAGUUGGUCGCCAAGGUAGCAACAAUUACUUUAUAAAAAAAAAAAAUCAAAACAAAAAUAAAAAAAUAUUUUAUUGCAAUUUUUCACCUUUGUCUCUGUCUCUUCUCUUUCCGACAAACUUUUGGCAUUUUUUUUACGUUUAUUACCAAAUGCGGGCUCCUUGCGUAAAUAUUUGUUAAUCUUCAACUUGACUUAACACAAAUGCGAACCGACACUACCCGACGACUAAUUGGCCGCACAAUUUCAUUUUAUGACUGCGCUUAAAUGCUCGCUAAACCUAUAUUUGAUUUUCCGCUGCUAAAUGGGUAAAGCGCUGAAUUGCUGAAUGACUGAAUAAGCUUAAUGAAUGUCUAUAAAAAAGGGUAUUCUAUAUCUCUAUACAGAUUAGUGACUUCUAAUAAUAAGAUUUAUGUUUUUAUUGCGCCUAAUGGCGGUUGCUGCGCUCCAACAUUUCCAUUUCCCCAAAUCCAUUCGUUCGUUCGUUCAUCAGUUUGGUUGGUUGGUUGAUUUGUUUGUUUGUUUGUUUGUUGUUGGCAAAUGAAUCACGUGUGCUCAAUUUUUAUUACCUUCAAACAGCAAUAAAAACGAUAACAGCACGCAACUGCAACAACAAUAACAUACGAAAGGUAGUGGCCAAGAACUAAAUAUUUAUAUGUAUGUGUAUGUGUGUUUGUAUAUGCGAGUAUAUAUACAGUGAAACCUCCUCUCACCGUCAGUAAACUUUUGUGCGCUCAUGGGGAUGGUAGCUUAUUUUAGAACUUUUUUUUAUAAUUGAAUAUCAUUUUUUAUUUAAAUAAAAAUAUUAUAUUAUAUCAUUCAAACAAAAAUGUGUAUGGUGGUACUUACUCUUUUAAGAAAAAAACAACAUGGCCGUGGAACUUUGCUUCCAUUUGCUCACAAUUGACAGUUAAAGAAAGGAAUUAAGUGAGAGCGUACCAGUUUUGACUCAGCGAAGGGGAGUAUACUCGUACGAUAUGUAGAUAGAACAAAGGGGAAUAUAUAAUAGGUAGAGCGAUGAACGGCAGUGCUCUGUUACAGCGAAGGGUAUAUAAGGCGACGAUAUAUUUCCAGGCUUUCCAGCUUUUUUAACAAUUCGAAAGCAGUAAAGUGAUUGCUGCAAAAUUGCUUUAAGUUUCAAACUGCAUUCAAACCCGUUUUGUUUGCGAAAAUUUCAUUGGAUUCUUCGGUAAUAUUCUCAGAGCCAGUACUAUGAUCGUCAAUAGUUUCCACGUUUUCAUUAGUAACAACAUCCAACCCGGAAUUUAGAUUUUCGGUCCAUGUAUGUCAUAAAUUCAUAACAAUUUGAAUUAAGUUAUACUCAUAGUCCACAAGGAUUUUUUAUAACUCAAAUAACGAAGCCAGCUUUGCUAGCGGACAGUCAUCGCCGUGCUCGAACUCAGUUGGCACAUCUCUUUUUGUCGAACCCUGCUUUUUGGAAACAGUUUUUAUGGUUUACGUUUGAACCUUUGCCCAAUAUGUCCCCUAAGACAUUUAUAAUUUGUUUAGUCAAGCCAGUCUCGAAGCUUACCAAGAAAUGCUAAACGUAAAGGUUUCGAUAAUACAUUUUUAAAUUUCGAAUCACUCUAUCUAAGGCUGGAAAACUGAACUCGUAUUAUGAGGUAGAAAAAUUAUUUCGUUAUUCCUUGAACGUAUGUAGUCCAGAAAUAAUCCAAUAGUAGGAAUUCACUGCGCAACCCGAACUAAAGGAAUGCAUGGGAAAACAUCGCACUUUAUGCGGAGAGCUCCCUUUUUUCCAUUUAGUAUUUAUGUAAGUAACUGCUCACUGAAAUUUUUUAUAUUUUGUCCGCAUAUGAGGAGUUCGCGUUUGAGGUUCAGUAGAGGUUUUUAAUUGAUUUGUUAUGAAAAGAAAUCUUAAUGUUCCUUGAUAAGAGAUUCUCUUCCGCUCAAUAACGGUUUUUGUGUCAAAAAAUUGUGUAUGAAAAAUAACUCUCCGCGUCAGGCUAAGAGAGUGUCCGCUAAAGAGAGAGAGAGUAAUUUUUUUCAAAAUGUAUACUUCAAAUUCCCCUAACUCCUCUGCCCAAUGGAGAUGUCCGUCUAAUAGAGGUGUCCGUUAGGAGAGGUUUCACUGUGCAACAUAAAUGCGUGCAACAAAGUCAAAGGCAACAUCAACACAGUAUAGUCCAAUUCACAAUCACUUCCUUCCCCACGCGUUUUCAUUGACUAACAUUCAUAUUUACCUUUACGUGCAAUGUUUACAUCUACAUACCUAUAAAUUUAUCUUUAACUAAGUACUGUAUCAGUAGGGGUAAUAAGGCACUAAAACUGCCCUGUAGGAACACACACUAACAGGUGGGCAUUUCUCUUGUAUGAUACUUCAAUGUAAAUUCGAACUUAAAGUGAUGUUGAAAUAUUAACGCUCAGCGGUUUAAUGAAUUCAAGCAAUUCAUUUUGUCGCACUAAAAUGUUUGAGCUUCGUCACAGAUGCUGCUGGAUUACUGCCGCGUCAUUGAGGAGGGUGUAGCCACGAUUCAGGAAAAAUGCUUAUGACAGUUCCGCAGCGUAACAUCCUUUAAGUAUAACAUUUCUUCUGAUAAUACUUUUUUACCAAACUAAUCCGGGUACUAGACUAUUGCGUUUAGACAUAUGAAAAUGGAAAUGUAUGACCGACUCCUCGUUGAGGUGUCUCUGAGCAGAGCUAAUAUGGAGCUGUUUUUGAUACCUGUGUGCUGCUCUUUGACAAGUGAGCAACACAUCGAACGCACAUCACAUGUAAAGUUGCAUGUUAAUUUUUAGAAGCGUGGCAUGAAGACGAUUCUAGUCGAUGCUCUCGAUCUUGAUGGAAUACUUCACCAGGGAAAUCACAUGGAGCAGCUCUUUUUGUAGAAUGGGGUAAUCACCUCAAAAUAGUUCUCAUCCGAGACUUCAUUGGGCGUGAUUUUUGCGUGGCAGGUCCCAAAACCAACGCACAGCCAGCUACCCGGAUUGCUUCGCCUUAUCACAUUAGCUCGCUCUCGCUUGGUGUGUCCCCCUGGUGCCGGUUAAACUCGCGUAAGCGGUUAUCGAGCUCACGAGCCUUCGGUUGUGUCUAGAAUGACAUACAAGUUCAACUACUGCUAAUUUUGCUACGAAGUCCGACUGGUGACUUAAUUAUGUUGCUCGUUUCACGCAAAACGACAGCUCCUUUUCGCAUUUGGUGGUUUGUGAUUUUAAACAAUGAAGGCUACGUACACCUCUGUCCGGUAUUUGAAUGGAUCGGCUUUAGGUUUUCAAAACAACCCACAUUUACAUGCCGCUAAGGACUAUCGACCGCCAACUGUUCUCAAAAGUGUAUAGUUAAUUGCAUAUUUAUUUUUUUCUUUUAUAAUUAUACAUUUUUUACUACCCUCCAACAACGCCAGUAAAUCCUUUGGCUUGUCAGGUUCUAUAUAUAAGUGAAUAUGUAUUAGUGGUGUAUUAGCUGCGAUAUCCCUCUCGGCUUGGCGCAAGAACGUCUGCUGUUGCUCGUUGGCUUACUCUGCUCAUGCCAAGUGUUAGUUACUUUGCUGUAGCUGCAGUUGCUGCUGAUUUCGCCGCCCUGUAUUUAUGUCGGUGUUGCUGCAGCUCCUGCUCUCCUCACGCUGGCAACUCUUUCACAAACGUGCCUUCGAUCGCCUUUCAUAACCACAGACGACGCAUGCAUGCUUCCAUGAUUCCUGGUAUUGUUUUAAACUUCAAAAUUUUCACUCCUCAAUUUUGUCUACUAAUUUCAGACAUUUAUGUCUUUUUUUCUUGUCUUUAAUUUUUGUUCACCAACACAUCGUUGAUUGCUUUCGGCAUCUUUUGGUGUCUGCUGUAUUUGUAUGGGUGUGCAUGCAUUUUGUGUAAUCUUUCAUGCAUACAAACAAACUUUUUCACAUUUUUAUUUGCCUUAGCUGUUUUCCCUGCGGGAGUAAGGUGUGAAAUUUUACUGUGGCUUAACGAAUGAAAUAAAUUUGUUAAUUUAAUAUUUGGGUACCAAGAAAAGGUACGACGAAGUAAACUACCUUCCUUCCUUACACAUUAUAUUUUUUGCGCUCACUUAGGCCAUUUGGUUUGCUUUGGCUCGGUCGAUUGUGCGCAACUGACUAAGUAUCUGUGUGUGUGUGUAGUGAGUUGUUGUUUGUGCGCAAGCGCACUCUCUGUUCUUUAAUUUAAUUCCGCUUGCACUCCACCAUUGCCGCCGCCACCGCUGCCGUUUAGUUUAACAGAGCAGCAGCGUUAGCCAUAUGAAAGAUCGACGUUCGCCGACAUUGCCAUUGGCACUCUUGUCGGCACUAGUCUUCUUUGCGCUGUUGCUGCUGCUACGGCUGCGGCUGUGGCUGCGUCUGCUAUCUCCUCCUCCUCCACCUCCUCCCUAUUUAAAACGUGCUGUAGAUUGACUGACUAAGUAGGAGUCAUUAUUAUAGUGGUUGUUGUGGCUGAUUCAUUUACCGCGUGCUGUUGUUGUUGCUAUUAUUAUUAUAGUUGUUGUUAUUGUUGUUGUUGUCAAUGAGGCUGGCAGGCAAUCUGUUGGUUGUUCCUUUUGACCAGCCUGGGCCGUACCAUCAUCCUUGUUGUUGGUGGUUCGACUUAUUGCCUUGCUUUAAGGCUGUUACCACACGCACAGCACUCUCCGCGGCCUUCGCGGCCCCAUUACCCUUUUUAACUGGUUGUCUGAUAGAUUACCUUUUGUUGCUGCUGCUGCUGCUUUUUGCUCUUGUUGUUGUUGUUGGUAUUGUAGAUGUGCUUGUUUAAUUCUCCGCUUGUUUGGUUGUUUAGUUUAGUUCAAGCAGCCUGUCAGUAAGUGCUCUUGUGCAUACAUCCACAUAUACAUACACACACAUACCCCUUGCACUGGAAUGUACUAAUAUGUACUUGGAGUAGUAGUGUGUGGUUAUUGUUGUUACUGCGCGCUGAUUUAUACGCGUUGCUCGCGUGUUGUUGGUUUUUCGCCUUUCAUAUGCAUUUACCACUAACAAAACAUGCUCGUUUGUAACUGAAAUUCAUAACUGCUCGUACGAGUACUUAUGCGUGGCGAAUGCGAAUGCGCAUCCUCAAGCAGCAAUAACAACAAUAAAAGAGCUACAAGAAAACAAGGCAAAAAAUCAGCUUGAAUAACGUGAGCUGAGCAUCAGCACGGAUCUCCUUAAAACAACAACACCUCAGCACCUUCUCUCGUGUCGAGUUGAGGGAAUUCGCCAGCGGUUUAUCGGUUAACUUCGCUUAUAAUUUACUGUUGCUUUUGUUGAUCGCAUUGUUUGCGCUUAAUGUGCAUUAGUGAGCGCGCGUAUUGUUGUUGUACAUCAGUGUUUCGUGCUUUUUAGUGACUGCUUUUCUUAUGCAUUUUUUCGCCAUUGUUAUUUAUUCAUUUUUUAUUGCGGUUGCGCGUCAAUUUUAUUUCGCUACGCAUGAUUGCCAACAUAUUUGUUGUCUGCUUAUUUUGAUUCUCCAUACGCUUUUUUGUCUACACAUUUAUGUAUUUUACACAUGCUUUACUCGCAUGCUCUUGUUGGUUUUUUGGUUUGCAAAUGAUUUUUUUUUCACCCAUCAAUUUCUUCAAUAUUUUAUUUUUAUUAACGCUUUACUCUUUGUUGCUUUUGUGUGGAAAGGUUUUCUAAUAUAUUUUGCUUUCUUUUUGCCGUACACCACUUAAGUGUUGUUAAUUCAUCGCCGCUGCUGCUGCUCCCCCGCGCUUUGCAUUGUUUGGCAGUCAAUUAUACACACAAACAUUCGCACUCUUUUGAUUUUGUUUCCUUUCAUUUGGCUCGCCUCGCGUAUUGAAUUACGUAGGGAUGCUCAUACAUACGUACUUAUACAUUUACGCCUCACUCAACGCAUCCAUCGCGUACCCAUCUUUGAUUUCUUUUCGGUAUCAAUGUAUUUAAAAACAAAUUGAAAUUGCAUGAUCUGAUCGCUCGACAGCAGCUGCUUAUUUGUUGUUGCAUCUUUAAUUCACGCUGAGCAUCUAAAAAUCAACCGCCCCACCCUAUUCCCCGUCGUUGCGCGUAUUUGUUGUUGCUGCUCCCUUAUUUGGUUGGUUACGUGUAUGUGUGUAUGUGUGCGGCACGAAUUCGCACAGUGUGGCGUCCACAGCAAAUUACCGACUGUCGACAUCGUCGUGUAAUGAAGGUACUUAGCUGAAAUUUGAUUUGUAAGAAAUUGGAUUUUCGUUUUUUGUUUGUUUCUGUUGUGGGUUAUUCUUAAAAGAAAUGUUUAGAAAUCAUUUCUUUUGACUUUCUUUUGAUAAAUUGGCAUAAUUUGUUUUGCGCUGUAGGUUGUCUUGUAAUGGGAUUUCUAUUCUUCUAUUUCAUGACCACGAGUUAUACCCUUUCAGCUACAUAACAUCAUUUGUUGCCGUUGACCAAUUCACUUUUCUUCUUCAUUUUCUAUUUAUAACAUUGAUUUCCACUUGUUCACAUCG